UCAUCGUUAGUGCUUCCAAAUGUUCGGCCAACUUCACGGAGCUCAGUUAUACUCAUAAAUAUGAGUAUCCAUAUACCAAUUUUCCUUAUAUGAAUAAUCAAAAUUGUAACAUUAAUAAUAAUGCUAGUCAGACUUUUAAUAAUCAAAUACAAGAUGAUUGGAAGAAUUAUGAAUGGGAAGAUAUUAACACACCCCAAAUUAAUUAUAACAAUAACCUUGAAGUUCAUGAACAAUAUGGAAAAUUAUUAAUUAAUUCUGAAACAAAAGACAAUGUUUCUAUGAUGCUCUUUCAAGAUGACAAGCAUACAAAUAUUUAUGAUAAUAAUAUUCAUAUCGACACGAUUCCCGGUGAACAGGAACAACAUUGUGAAACCACAUACCAUGAGAUUAUAAAGGGCGACUUCCAAAGCCAUAACCAAUACCAAAAUAUUAUUAAAAAUUCAGAAAUUAACGACUUACAUACGAUUGGCUCCAAUAUUGAUUACGGAAAUACUGUGCCUCUCAACGCCUACAAGUACAAGAAACUUAUGAACGACGCAUUAACAAAUAUUAUAAAUGAUGAUAUAAUGAAUGAUUUGCCUAUUCCUAAUUUAAUCACCCAUCAUAAAAACGAUCGAAUACCUCUUGACCUGACGUAUUCCCCCGAUCCUAUAUUUUUAUAUAACGAAGUCCCUAAUACAAUUCAGGAACCUUUCUUUAAGUCUAACGAAUCACCCCCGGUAAUCGUUCAGGAUUCUAAAAAAACUCAAAAUCAAGAUGACCAGAUUAGUAAAUAUGAUUACAGCAUCGAAAAUUACUCUAAUACUAAUUGCGAGUUAAUAGCGAGUCCUCUAGCGAUGACUAAUAAGUUGGUUUUUACCGAAGAUAAAAAACUCAUCGACUCAAACAAGCUUGGGGAAAGAGUAGUGAAUGACCGCGAAAUUCAAUACGAAGGCGCCAAAAUUUCAAACAAGUUGGACCAAAGAUUCGAGAAUGAUGGUGAUCGACAUAAUGCGAGAGACCAUGGUAGACAUUACGAUAGGCAGGCUAAUGUAUCUUACGGCCCUAGGCGACAUCUCGGUUCUGUCAUUGGCCCGCUUGACAAGAGAGAAAUGCUACGAGGCGAUAGUCGUUAUAUCAACUCAAACCACCAUCUCUUGUCCGAGAACGAAGCCGAUAAUGAAAGCUACCAAUCAGAUGCCUCCUAUUAUUACUACCCACCAGGGCCCAGGGGCCACCCAGGAUAUUUGACGAAGUCUAGGACGUUUCACGAUCAGGAUAAGCAUGUAUUAUUGGAUACCUCGACAACGUCUUCUUACAAUAGGCGACGACGGUCCAGAUAUCAGAGAUAUUUUCCUGAUUCUAGGGAAAGUUCCUUAGCGCCAGCUCCAGAUCUCCAAAACAGGGUCUAUAACCGAAGUAUUAGGGAAGGUCCGGCCAAUUACAAUACCGACGUUGAAUACGAUAUGUAUCACCGAGUCAAAAAUAGUACGACAGGCAUAAAUAAGAAUAGGAAUGAACAUUCUAGAGGGCGCGGGAGAGAUUAUCAAUAUUUGGACGAUAAGUAUUAUGAGAGGAAAACAUGCAACGAUUCUGAGAUUGUGAGCAACGAAAGAUACAGGCAUGGUCGUCCUCUCGUCUAUGAUAAGCGUUGGCAAGAGGAUGUUAAUAAUUACACAGAUGUUGAAAUCAGCAAGAACGAUUUCGAUAAACCUGGUUACAGAAAACCUAGCUAUAUGUUAAGAAGAUUCGAUGAAGAUGCUCCCAUAAGACGGGCACCUAUCAGGGAAGAUAGAGAAUCUAUCUCAUCCUCUUCAUUAUGGGCCAAAGAAGGAAGCUUAAAUUAUCGUGAUAGACAUCAAAAUGAGGAUAAAGCCGAUAACUUUCAAAACAUAUCUACCAACCAAUCACCUCUUAAAAAACCAGUCAGUACAGCUAACAAAUCUAAAGGCAAGCUCGAUAAAAAACAAUUUCCCUAUAAUAAAAUUGACGACGCCAAUAACCCCAAUGUUUCCAAUUUUUUCCCCAAUUUUGGUAAUAUGAGCAACUUAGACCCCAAUUUCAAUUUAACCGCUAUGACCAAUAUGUCUAUGUCUAUGAAUCAAGGUGGUGAAACGAAUAAUAGUUCACCUUAUUGGCAACAAUAUCAAUUGAUGGCCCAAAACUAUUAUUCAAAUUAUUAUAAGAUGAUGGCCUCGAAUUACCCUCAAGCUAUGAAUUUUUAUUUCCCCAAUGGUUUAAAUCCGAUGGAUAACUUAAAUGAAACAUUGGAGGAAGAAUCGGAAACGGAAGAUGACAGCGGGGAGGAAGAAUUGAAAGUAGAAACUACAUGCCAGGAACCUCAUUUUUACACUAGACCCCACACGAUAGCUAGAUUUUGUCCUAACGGAAAGUUGAUUAUUUAUACUCCUACCCUUAAAUAUGAUGAAGGCUUAGUAAGUUCACUUGAUAAUCAGGAGCUUAAGGAGGAGGAAAAGCUGAGCUCCAGUGAAGUACCGAUAGAAGGCAGAAGUAAACUUUUAUCUCUCGAGUCGGGCCAGACUCUAAAGAUUAUCGAUAUUCAGGCAUUCUUUAAAGAUAUAAAUGGCUUUAAAAAAUUUCCUGGACCAUUGAUAAAAACCGAAACUCAUAAAGAUGACUUAAUCAGAUAUUGUACAGACCUUAUCCCAAGCUUUCCCUCUUUCCUUUCUUCCCACAUUAACGCAAGCAGAUCAGAAUCGACAAGUUCAUCUGUAAAUUCGUCGAGGCAUAAUAUCGCCUCUUCUUUUAAUGCUAAUGACGAAAAGGAAUCACAAAAUCUUAACGCUUGUGCUACCAACAUAACUUCAAAAAUAUCUCCCAAUUUUAGAGAGUCAUUCCAGCUGUUGGUACGGUAUUUGUGUCUAUCCGUUAGCCAAAAUGGGGCGGUAGUGGGGGCAGAUGUUAGCAAACUCUUGAUUUCUUCUCUAUCCGAUAAAAUAUCUUUCGAAGAUCUGUCACAAAUGAAUAACCUGACUUUACAAGAUAAUUCUACUAUUACCACCCUAAACUUUUCCAACAAAUUUAGAGAAUUAUUGCUUUGUGGACAUCAAAAGGAAGCUUUGGAAUUCGCCGUUAAAAAUAGUCAUUGGGGUCACGCUUUAUUCAUGGCAUUAAAAAUAGACAAAUCUUUAGUGAAUAGCAUUUUUAACAAGUUUAUUAAUACUAUCAGUGCCAAAGACCCUAUCUUAACCUUUUAUCAAACAAUCGCUGGUCGAGAAUCGACCUAUUUAAACCAGAUACAACUUGCUUCCUUUUCGAAAGUCAACGCUUUUGAAUGGCGAUCACAUUUAGCCAUGAUAUUGGCCAACCCAACUAGUAACCCUAUCAAAGAUAAAAAAAAUGUGGAAGUUAUGGGAGACGUAUUAGGGCAAAUUGGGGAUAUUAGUGCUUCGCAUUUAUGCUACAUACUUGCUCGUGAAAAAUUUGGAGCCUACACCGAUAAAAUAGCUAAGCUCGUUCUUCUCACCUCUUCCAACAAAUUGCCUUUCAAUAAAUUUUUGAAUGUCGAAGCUAUUAGACUUACAGAAAUAUACGAAUACAUCGAACAGUUACUCACUCCUACCAAAAUCAAUUGCUUGGAAGGCUUUAUAACACCAUUUCAGUCUUAUAAAUUUAUUUAUUCUACUUGGUUAAUUGAUAGGGGGAUGAUUAGUGAGGCUUACAGAUAUAUAGAGACAAUAUCGAAGGCUAUAGUUUAUCAACCUCAAACAUAUGAUGCAUUAUUUAUCAAAAUGGUUUAUGAGAUUGCUUGUCGAUUGAAAUACACUGAUGCAAAUUUAUGCUUUACCCCAGACAACUUAAAUACUAUUAAUCAAAAUGAAAACGAAUUUUAUUAUCCUUCUUCACCUUCUUGGUUGUUUGAUCUUAGCAAUAUAUUUAGACCUUUAUGGCAAAAGAAUCAUUUUCACUCAUUCAAUAAUUUAACUCAGAGCGAAGAAGGAAAAUUGGCAAAUAAUAUUAAUGCUCAAAUAUCGAAUAUUCACAAGUCGAAUGUUAAUAUUGAAAAUUCCGGCUUUCAAUUGAGAAAAAUGUUUGAAUCCAAUAAUGCUACCCUUGGAGGACAGGAAAUUGUUAAGGAAGAAAGCCGGAAAGAAAAUAACGCACUCCCUCAAAUAUCUUUAUUUAAUAUUAACACGAAUAAGCCAACCUUUUAUGAUAAUCGUAAUAUUGUUUCAGAACCGCCCAAUGUUGAAAUAUCUCAAGCUAGCAUCCCUAAUUAUUUUCAUCCCAAAGAAAAUACUAAUUUUGCACCUCUAAACACUAAACCAUUAACAAAUAACCUAUCUUAUUUCCCUAAUUCCUCAAUAUCAUUUCCCAUCCAACAAAACACCUUUAAUCCUACACAAUUCAAUCCAUCUUCCCAACCUAAUAAAAUUAAAACAAUAAACACUAUAUCCAUUACUCCAGAUAGCGAUCCUCGUUUAUAUUACCAACAAAAUAAUCAAAAAAGGGAAAAUUUUCAUAUUGAUUCAGCCUAUUCAAAUCCUGAUCAUUAUAAAGCGGAUGCUAUUAAUUUUGGCAGAUCAGAACCAGGUAAUAUUGUCAGGCCCUUAGGAAGUUUUGGUAGUUUAUCAAGCAUACAAAACCUUAAUCUUCCGAUAACCACUUUUCCACAAUUCAAUCAGCCAUUGUUAAAGCAACAAAAUUACAACUCUCAAAAUUUUAUUUUUGAUAAUAAAUCACAAGGAAUCAAUAAUAUGGGAGAACCAUAUCUUACACACUUUAUCGCCGAUAAUAAAACACCAUCUAUAAGUACAAAAGAAGAAAAUAUUCAUUCUGAGGAACCUACUUCAAAAAAGGUGACUAAAGAAGUCAAUUCUGCAUCUAAAGGUUGGUUCGGUGGUAUUAUCAACAAAAUUCUUCCAAAAGGUCCGAACGAAAUGAUAUUACCUGACGAUUCUAAGAAAACUAUCUUAUGGAACGAAGAUAAAAAACGAUGGGAAAAUUCGGAUGGAACGGCCCCCGAGGAUGAUAUGGUCCCACCUCCUCCUAGCGAUGAUCAACUUUUUAUGUAUUCUACAGCUACAUCUCCGGUGUACCCCUUUAAUCAAAAUCUCCAAUUUUUACCUGGCCCAGUUAACGAAAUUGUUUCCCCCAAUCAAAAUUCCAACUUUUUAACCGGCCCAAAUAGCAAUGCUUCUUUUAAUCAAUAUAUUCCUGGUAACACUAUUUCUCCUCAAUCGUUUAAUCAAUACGACAAAAAUCAACAUCUAGCUUUCCCAUUUGCGAAUAAUUUUCAAACUGCACCAGGGAUCGGUAGUAUGAUGGUGGGAAAUAAAAGAUCUGUUAGGAGUCCAUACGUUGAUGUUUUUGCAAAAGCUCAAAACCAAUCAUCUUCGUCUUCAAUGAUAUCUCCAUAAAAAGAAAAUUUCGUGUAUUACACAAUACCUUUAAAAAUACAGUUGGUUUCCUAGAAUUUUGCUAUUAUUUUAUAUAAUCUUACUAUAUUUUGAUGUCUAAAUCUUAUUUUUGCUCACUCUAAUUAACUUUAUUUGUAUUUCGAUUCUGAUUUCGGUAUAUAUAUAUUUUUUUUAAUACUAUUUUUAACUUGCGAGUGAAAAAUUAAUAAAGAUUUAACCAUCAUUUAUAUUUAUACCACAUUUUGCAAAUCCAAUAAUUUAAUAUUGCAUUUCUCUUAUAUUUUCAUAAUACAUUUAAAAAUUGCAUAAAUAUGUUCAAAAAAGGUAAUUUUUUUAAAUUUAUUUUGUCGUGCGUUUUUUUUACAUAAGUACGGUGGAAACAUAUCAUACAACACAUGACAAUAUAUUAU